AUGGUCCUUUCCAAGCAUCUCAAUACCGACAGUCUCCUUAAAGAAGCUCAGGACCACCCCAACAACCACAAAAGGGUCGUCUACAGCUCCACCGACCAUCAGGCAACCCUUCCAUACGGCGCACGCUAUGGUGUGCAGCCCAUUCCGAAGUACAAACUGCCCUCUAAGGGCACGGAUGCGGAGGCAACGUACCAGCUCCUUCACGACGAGCUCUCUCUUGACGGCACUCCCCUGCUGAAUCUUGCCUCUUUCGUCCACACCUGGAUGCCCAAGCAGGCUGACCAGUUGAUGAUGGAGAAUAUCGGCAAGAACCUCAUUGACCAGGAUGAGUACCCCAUGACCCAGGUCAUCCACACGCGCUGCGUGUCCAUCCUCGCCGACCUCUGGCACGCCCCGAGCCGCGAGCAUGCCAUCGGCACCGCCACCACCGGCUCCUCCGAGGCGAUCCAGCUCGGCGGGCUCGCAAUGAAGCGCAUCUGGCAGGAGAAGCGCAAGGCAGAGGGCAAGAGCAUCCACGAGCCCGGCCCCAACAUCGUCAUGGGCGCGAACGCGCAGGUCGCACUCGAGAAGUUUGCUCGCUACUUUGAUGUGGAGGCGCGUCUCGUGCCGAUCUCGGAAGAGAGCCAUUAUCGUCUUGACCCGAAGAAGGCGAUGGAGUACGUCGACGAGAAUACGAUUGGGGUAUAUGUCAUUCUUGGAAGUACAUAUACCGGUCAUUACGAGCCUGUAAAAGAGAUGGCUGAGCUGCUUGACGAGUACGAGGCACGUACUGGCCAUUCGGUACCCAUUCACGUCGACGGCGCAUCUGGCGGCUUCAUCGCGCCCUUCGCGACGCCGAAGCUCGAGUGGGACUUCCGCAUCCCGCGUGUCGUCUCCAUCAAUACUUCGGGCCACAAAUUCGGUCUGUCGUACGUCGGCGUAGGCUGGGUUGUCUGGCGCUCCAAGAAGUUCCUUCCGAAGGACCUCAUCUUCGAGCUGCACUACCUCGGCUCGGUGGAGUACUCGUUCUCGCUCAACUUCUCGCGCCCGGCGCAUCCGAUCAUUGCGCAGUACUUCAACUUUGUGCACCUUGGAUGGGAGGGGUACCGUGCUGUCGCGUUGGCAGAUUUAAAAAAUGCGAGGUUGCUGAGUCGGGUGCUGGAGAAGAGCGGGUUGUUUGUGGUGUUGAGUGACAUUCACCGGCCGGCGGAGAGUAUGUUAGGUUCCGCAAAGCAAGCGGUUGGACUCGGAUUCGAUGAGGAGAACGUCGAGAGUUAUGUUCCGGGUUUGCCGGUUGUAUCAUUCCGCUUCUCGGAUGAGUAUCGUCAGAAGAACCCUGACGUGCAGCAGCGCUGGGUGCAGACCCUGCUUCGCGCCAGGGGCUGGAUCGUGCCCAACUACGAGCUCGCCCCCGCGCUGCAGGACGUGGAGAUCCUGCGUGUUGUCGUACGCGAAAACUUGAGCGCGGUGAUGAUCGACAGGCUCGUGGCAGAUAUCAUGGAGAUCGUGCUGGACCUGGCGGAGAAGGACUCUGCGACGCGCGCGUUGAGCAAGAUCUCGAGCAUCAAGACUGUGGAGGCCCACUACGGUAGGCUCGAGGAGGGCUCGGGCAGCAAAUACAACGGCACGUAUGCGAAGCAAUGCUGA